CCAAGAGCAGAGCCCGGCCGCGCCGCGCGCCCUGUGGGGCGGGCUUCGGGCUGCGCCAGAGAGCGGGACAGCGAGCGCCGGUGCCUGAGCCUCUGCGCCGGACUCUGAGGCAAGGAGAAAACUGUAGAACGGGAUGGCUUGGUUGGCUAGUCCAAAGUCGCGCAGCUGGUUAGGGCCGAGCCUGGAUUUCGAGAAAGAGCCAUAUGGCCCCUGCAGACCUGGCCUCGGAGGGUCCCAAGCUUGAGGACCCGCCGGCCCCCCACCUCUUUGGAAAGGUUUAUUGUGCCUCUCUUUUAACCUCUGAGGUCCCCUGUUGGAUUCAGGCACUGCUUUUCUCAAUCGGUCCAAUCUCCCCAGCCCAUGAAGCUGAAAUAUAAGAGUCAUCACCCAGGUGCCCUUCUGGCUUAAUCAUGGCGAAGCUGGAGACGUUACCUGUGCGCGCUGAUCCAGGGAGGGAUCCUCUCCUGGCCUUUGCCCCCCGGCCUUCUGAGCUUGGACCCCCAGAUCCCCGCCUGACUAUGGGCAGUGUGGGUAGUGGGGUGACCCAUGCUCAGGAGUUUCCUAUGAAAAGCGUGGGCACUCGAACAGGGGGUGGGAGCAACCAAGGCAGUUUCCCUGGCCCAAGAAGCAGUGGUAGCGGGGCCAGCAGGGAGAGACCUGGUCGCUACCCAUCAGAGGACAAGGUUCUCGCCAACUCUCUCUACCUCAAUGGCGAGCUGCGGUGCAGUGACCACACAGAUGUCUGUGGCAAUGUGGUGGGCAGCAGUGGGGGCAGCAGCAGCAGUGGGGGCAGCGACAAGGCUCCACCCCAGUAUCGUGAACCCAAUCACCCACCCAAGCUCCUGACCACCUCUGGCAAGCUAGACCAGUGCUCAGAGCCACUAGUUCGGCCAUCAGCCUUCAAGCCAGUUGUACCCAAGAACUUCCAUUCCAUGCAGAACUUGUGUCCUCCACAGACCAAUGGGACCCCUGAGGGACGACAGGGCCCCGCGGGCCUCAAAGGCGGACUGGACAAGUCUCGGACCAUGACCCCAGCUGGUGGGAGUGGGGGCGGCCUCUCAGACUCAGGCCGGAACUCACUUACAAGCUUGCCCACCUAUAGCUCCAGCUAUAGCCAGCAUCUGGCACCCCUCAGUGCUUCCACCAGCCAUAUCAACCGUAUUGGCACCGCUGGCUAUAGUAGUGGCAGCAGCGGUGGGGGGUCAGGCUACCAGGAUCUGGGAACCUCUGACAGUGGGCGGGCUUCCAGUAAGAGUGGGUCGUCAUCCUCCAUGGGGCGGUCAGGCCACCUGGGAUCCGGGGAGGGCGGAAAUGGGGGCCUGCCAUUUGCAGCCUGUUCACCACCCUCGCCCAGUGCGCUGAUCCAGGAGCUGGAGGAGCGGCUGUGGGAGAAGGAGCAGGAGGUGGCAGCUCUGCGGCGCAGCCUGGAACAGAGCGAGGCAGCAGUGGCCCAGGUGUUGGAGGAGCGGCAGAAGGCAUGGGAGCGGGAGCUAGCCGAGCUCCGGCAGGGCUGCAGUGGGAAGCUGCAGCAGGUGGCCCGCCGUGCCCAGCGUGCCCAGCAGGGCCUACAGCUGCAGGUGCUGCGGUUACAGCAGGACAAGAAACAGCUGCAGGAGGAGGCGGCCCAGCUGAUAAGGCAGCGGGAAGAGCUAGAGGACAAGGUGGCCGUCUGUCAGAAGGAGCAGGCCGACUUCCUGCCCCGGAUGGAGGAAACUAAGUGGGAGGUGUGCCAGAAGGCCGGUGAAAUUUCCCUCCUGAAGCAACAACUGAAGGACUCUCAGGCCGAUGUGUCGCAGAAGUUGAGUGAGAUCGUGGGGCUGCGCUCACAGCUUCGGGAGGGUAGGGCCACGCUCCGGGAGAAGGAGGAGCAGCUGCUCAGCUUGAGGGACUCCUUCGGCAGCAAACAGGCCAGCCUGGAGCUGAGUGAAGGCGAGCUGCCCCCUGCCUGCCUCAAGCCUGCGCUGACCCCCGUGGACCUGGUCGAGCCACAGGAGGCGUUGGCCUCCUGUGAGAGUGACGAGGCCAAGAUGCGCCGGCAGGCUGGCGUGGCGGCUGCUGCUUCCCUGGUUUCUGUGGAUGGGGAGGUGGAGGCUGGAGGAGAGGGUGGGACACGGGCCCUACGCAGGGAGGUGGGGAGACUGCAGGCUGAGCUGGCUGCUGAACGGCGUGCCCGAGAGCGCCAGGGUGCCAGCUUUGCAGAGGAGCGCCGAGUGUGGUUGGAGGAGAAGGAGAAGGUCAUUGAGUACCAGAAACAGCUCCAGCUGAGUUACGUGGAGAUGUAUCAGCGUAACCAGCAGCUGGAGCGGCGACUUCGGGAGCGUGGGGCAGCAGGGGGGUCCAGCACGCCUACUCCCCAGCAUGGAGAGGAAAAGAAAGCCUGGACCCCCUCCCGCCUGGAGCGCAUCGAGUCCACAGAAAUCUGAUUCUCUAUCUGCGUGCACAACCUUCUGACAAGUGCCCUGUCUGAAGGUCGGAGUCACCAAUGUCCCCUUCCAUUCAUCUCCCCCACCCGUGCUGCACAUCCCCAGACCAAAGAGGUUCUCGAAGCAGCUGUGACCAGCCCUCCCCCUUGUCCCCCAGUCCAUGCAGCUCCAGCACUGCCUUCGUGGGUAACCACUCCAGACCCUCCUGCCAAGGAGAACAUGGGGGAGGGCAGAGUGAAAUGGGGUGAGGUCCCAGGCGCAGGGAGCAUGGCUCCCUUUCUGGGGAAGCCUCGUUGGAGAUAGAGGCAGCAGGCUUGCAUUGCCAGGGAGUACCCCAGCCCCUUUCCCUUCUUGGGCUGCUACCGCCGCCACCUUGUGUCCAGUGCUACUGUCUGUGCCCUCCUCCUAGGCCACACAGCCUGAGGAAGCCUGCAGGGGUCUGCCCAUGGCGACAGACCCUAGGCUCCUAGUCUCUCUCCUUCAGGAGCUCUUCUCCUUCCCCAGGCAGAUUGGCAGGGGAAGUGGGAGCAGAUGGCCUGCCUGUGGUCGAGAGGGCUACCUGCCCAACCCCUCCCCCACCAAGGUAUCUUGGGCUCCAGCCUCUGAGCCUGGACUAGUCCUGAGCACGCGUCCCUCUGUGUACAGCGAGGGAAGUGAGAGCAGAGGCUGGAAGCUAAGUCCCCAGGGGAGAUCUGCCUUCCUACCCUCGGGAAGGGGAAGGGUCACCUAGAGGCUUCUCAGCCCCACCCUCACCCUCUGGCCAGGAUUCUACAAGGCUACAUCCCCUGCUGCUUGGUUGACCCCCCCAAACCCAGGGUCACUGCUCAGCUCUGCUUUUAGCUAUACCUGCCUCUUAGGCCUUCUGUUUGCCCCGUUUCUGAGGUCAGACAGAUGUCUGAUGUCUUCCUGUGUUUUCCCUCGCUCUCUCCCUCGGCCUCCUUUCGUGCUCACAUCUUCCCAGGCUGCCUUCUCUUCCAAGUCUCACCUUUCCUCCCAGCAGAAAGCUCUGCUUGGCUUUUGGUGCACUGCUCACCCCCAGCUCCACUGGCCCAAGUCUGAGCUUGGGGCCCUCGUUUUGAGGGGCCAGUCUGAGUCGGAUGUGACUGCCCUCGAGGAACAAGGCUAAUGUGUGUGUGUGUGAGAGAGAGAGGACUCCUGACCCUUGGGUUGCUUGCCAGACUCUUGAGUUGGCUCAUUUGUCCAGGCAGGGUUGGCUGGUAUGGUCAUCAGUAUGGGUCGUGACAGUCGAUGCCACUUCCUUCUUUAGGAUCUCUCAGAUUCCAUCUCCCCAAGACAGGCAGGGAAAUUCUAAUUUCUCUUUUAAGAAAGUAAAUUUCCACUUCACCAGCAAUAACAAUCAGAGGAGACUUGGCCCUCGGUCCGUGUAUUUCUCUUUUUCACUCUCCCUUCCACCCCAAGAUGGAAUCUUGGGGACAGGAUGGAGAGGGUUGGUAACUACUGUGAGCAAGUCCCCCAAGCCCUGACCAGCCUUCUCCCAUGACUGGUGACUGUUUAACAAGCUGUGCACCCCCACAAAAGUAGGAGUGCCCUAUUUGUAGCCUCCACCUCUCUGCACAGCUCCUUCUGGGUGGUCCUCAACAGGUUUUUCACCUUGAUUGGAGGCUACUCCGGCAACCACUGCCCAUUCCUCUAAUCCCUCACAAUACCUGAUCCAGACCCUAAGCCUGGUCCACAGGGACUGGGAAAAGGCAUUAACACAAAACAAAAGAGAUGGGGGGAGAGAAAAAUAUGAACAGCUUUGGAAUGUCCAACUGCAAAAUAAAUUAUAUAUAAAUAUAUAAAUAUAUAAAUAUAUAUAUCUACCAUAUGUGAU